AUGAAAGGUAUUGCGCGUAGUCAUGUGUGGUGGCCCAAUAUAGAUAAAGAUGUUGAGUCAACAGUACAACUAUGUUCACAGUGCCAACAAGUGAGAAAUCUUCCCCCAGACGCUCCUUUGCAGCCAUGGGAGUGGCCACUAAAACCCUGGUCCAGGUUACAUUUGGAUUACGCUGGGCCGUUUAUGGGUAAGAUGUUCCUCGUCAUCAUAGAUGCCCAUUCCAAAUGGAUGGAUGUUCACGCUACACAGUCAGCCACUUCAUCUAUAACUAUUGAAAAGUUGCAAGUUACAUUCGGGUCACAAGGACUACCUGACACGGUGGUAACAGAUAAUGGUACCAAUUUUUGUAGCGAAGAGUUUGAAGCUUUCUUAAAACAAAAUGGUAUCAUUCACAUAAAGACAUCUCCCUACCAUCCAGCAUCCAAUGGGUUGGCGGAAAAGGCAGUUCAAAUUUUUAAAAAUUCUCUUAAAAGAUUAACAGGAGGCUCAUUGGAAUCCAGAAUUAGCAAGUUUCUGUUACGGUAUCGAGUAACACCUCAGACUACCACAGGAGUUUCCCCUGCUGAGCUUUUAGUGGGAAGAAAAUUAAAAACUUGUUUAGACUUACUGCAUCCAGAUGUCCAGGAUAGAGUUAUGAAGAAGCAAGAAAUGCAAAAGUACUACCAUGAUCAGAAAGCGCGGCAUAGGGAAUUUAAAGUGGGAGAAUUAGUUUAUGUAGUAAACUUUUCUCCAGGGAAAAAAUGGCUAUCAGGCGUAAUUGUCCAAAAAUCCGGUCCUGUUUCUUUCAAGGUGCAGUUGCUAGAUGGGAGGACUGUACGACGUCAUCUCGACUAUGUGAGGAGAAGAGUAAGCAUAGAGGGCGAGACGGUUAACGCAGAUGAUGCCAUACCACCUCCCAUGGACCUCACAAAUGGAGCAGGAAUUCAGAAACAUGGUUCAGCUCCAGCCGGCAAGCGGGUAGCCGCUCCUUAA